AUGGAAUCCGCCGAAAGUCUGGCAACGGUUGGCAGGAAUGCAACCGUGCCGGUGGACAAAAUAACCCAAAAUGAGGCAAAGCUGCUGGCGAUCGUAGUCCUUGGAUUUGGUAGCUUUUUGUGCGGUUUGCUGCCGAUCUACAUUUCCCAGCGUAACCGCGAACGGUACCCGUGCACACUGUCGUUUCUGUUGUGUUUCGGAGCGGGCGUUCUGCUGGCUACGGCCAUCGUUCAUAUGCUGCCGGAAAUACGUGGUGCGCUCGGUGAGUUUGCCGAGAUUGUGUUCUGUGGCGGGUUUUUCUUCAUGUACGCCAUUGACGAGUUGAUGGUGUUCUGCGGAAUUGGUGCACACGAUCACGGUGAAGGGGCAGGAGCAUCCGAGCACCGGCAACGAGCCUGUAGCGUGGGUGACGAUUCCGAUGCGGCAAGCACUUCCAGUCGCAGAGAGCGUCGGUACGGUGCAAACGAAGAAACCAAAUCACUCCUCGGACAGCAAGAAAAUGAUCCGGAAAACAUUCUUACCCACCGAUCGUUGGAGAGUGCGGUUGGUUUUGCCGGUAAUCUAUCGCGCCGGUCAUCCAUCAGCGGUCAGCCACUGCAGAGACAGACCACGAAUGCGGCCGAAAUGCAGCUUACCGGUGUGUUUGGGCUAUUGCUAGCCCUCUGUAUGCACUCGCUGCUCGAAGGGCUGGCAAUCGGGGUACAAAAUUCAGGCCCCAAAGUACUGCUGCUGCUCGGUGCGGUCAGUGCGCACAAGUUCGUGGUGGGCUUCGCUCUUGGCGUGGAGCUGUGCACUUACAAUGCGCGGCAACGCUGCUCCCACGUGCUGCAGGUGUUAACGUUUUCCCUCGGCUCGGUGGCCGGUAUCGGCGUUGGCAUGGGGUUGGAUGGGCUGAACGAAACGCUUACCAACCUGAUCAUGCCCAUUCUGCAGGGGCUGGCCGGUGGAACACUGCUGUACGUGACCGUAAGUGAAGUUCUACCUCGGGAACGGGCGAAACGUUUUCGACACACGAGAGGUAUCGGACCGAUACAGUUCAUUGCUGUCGCGUUAGGAUUUACGCUCAUGUCCGUGCUGAGCUUAGUGCUUACUGACGAGUAA